GUGACGUAGAGCACACUAGUGUACAUAGUCAUUCAAUGGAGCUUAUUUGGGGUGUGUGGGAUCAAGACAAAGGGUUUCUUCUUCAAUAAUUAUAGGGUUGUGACAACAUGUUGCACAAGAAGACCACAAGGAUUCAUCCUGAACACAACACGGUCACCGUCACUGAAGGCCCUGUAUACACCCCAAUCUCCACCUUGUGGCAAGUGAAGCAGUGCCUGGCGCUAGAACUCCCUUUGUUAAGACCACAUCUGUUGACUCUACCUCCUCGACCACUGCCCCUUCGUCAGCAUGAGCCGUCACGAGUGCACGCUAUCGACGGAGAUGGGAAUUGUUUGUUUCGUGCCUUAUCGUGGGCAGUCACCGGAAGUGAACGCCAUCACCGGAAGGUGAGACAGAUCCUCGUGCGUCAUUUGGUCGCCCACGCCAGGACGUUUUCCAUAAUCUUGCCCGGCACGGGUUCUGCUCGGACCAGAGCUAGGUGCUACGUGCUCAACUCCAAAAUGGACCGACAGGGCACCUGGGGUUCUGAUGUUGAGAUCCUCGUCGCAGCUCACCUCCUCAAGUCCGCCAUCUUUGUUUAUACGAAGUGCGGAGACUCCUGGCAGUGGGUCCAGCAUGACCUUGACCUUACCUCCCCGAAAAGCAGGCUAAGUAAAGAGUCUGUGUACCUCGUCCAUACUGAUCUGACUCACUAUAACGUUGUGACCGACAUUCGUUGUCUUCUGGGGCAAGGGGAAUCUGGGACUUCUGUAAAGACAUCAAAUAUAGUCCAAGGUGUGAACGACAAAGAGUACUUUGCAAUUGUGAAAAUAUUGGACUCCUUCUAUCGAAACCGAAAAGACCGUAGUCGAUACCGUACAAAGGAAAAAAUUUUGAGGCAAGCACUGAUGAAUAGAAAGAAAAACAAAAGGUAUCCUGCAAAGAAUUACAACUAUCAGAAAUGUGGCCUGAAAAUGUGCAGCACAGCGACACAAAGGAACCUGACGAGGAGCACUGGCAAAUGCAAAAAGACACACUACGGGAGGAAGAAGUAUCACCUAAAGCCCAGAAAGUAUUACAGAAUGGACAGAAGUACUCAUCGGUGGCAGAGCAAAGGCUGUUUAUCAAAACGUUAUCCUCCUAGACUUCCUGACUAUGCGCGCCAAAGGGUACGAAGGAGAGCGGAACGGUCCAGAUUCUGCGGACGAUGAUCAAUGCGCAGAUACUAAUAAUGCUGGGAGAUGCGUGGGGGCAAACGAGUCGGUCGACUACCCCUAUUGACUCUUACAGCUCAUGACCUUUUCGAAAUACAUGUACCAUCUUUGGUCAUCACAAACAUAGACAAAUAAAUGCUGUAAUUUCUUUUAUUUUCUUAAAAUCUAGAAACACAAUAGUUUAGGCAUUUUAAUUUCACAAUUGAGUUAUUCAUGCAGUUUUUACUUGGAAAUCUGCGUGGCGCCAAUUCCUUGAUAAGACUUGAUAGUUAAAGAACUAUAGUAAUUAUAUUUGUAUCAGAAUCUAUGACAUGGUAUUGGCAACGUCUCUUGGGGAUAUGAUCCAUCCGAGCUAAAAGCUCUGGCCAUCUCUUCUUCUACAACUCCACGUACAGUCAUUAUAAUUUUUUCUACCGACAAUGUAUUGCAAUUCAUUUACAGCAAAAAAAAAAGCUAAGGAUUUUCAUUUUGUUC